ACUGAAAAAGAUUCCCAAAUGUCUCUCGCUCUUUAUUAUAAUGAAUAACGACAACUUAAACAUCUGCACAAAGAAAGUCUUGCAACGACAACAACAAAAAUAAUAAUAAUCCCAUGCGAUCAUCUACAUAAAUUCUACACAUGGAUUUUUUUUAGGAGCUGUGACCAUCCAAAACAGUGCCAUUUUUAGCCAUUUGCUGCUGACGUUUACAGAAGCUUCAAAUAGCUUCCGUUUCACUCUGGUAGUGAUUGGACUGUCCUGUGCCGUGCAGUGAGCUAACGCGCUGACUGUGGAGCACAAGCCCGACAUUCUUCACUUCAAUGGAGGAACAGCCCAAAGAUCGGGCACAAGACAGGCAGCACCACCACAACGGAGAGGACCGGAGCUCCAUCCAGCGCACGGCGUGUCUGAAACAUGAUCAGAGCCAGUUCCAGUGCCAGCAUCAGGAAACGCAGGCGAAGAAAACAGGCAGUAAAAAUGUAAACAUCAGCGAYGAGGACGGGGAGAAAAAUCCACACCUGCCCUACACUGUUGGUAUGUCCCAUUCCUCCAGCAGCAAUGGUAAUAGACACAURAGUAACCCAAAUGUGAAGCAGAAAGGGCCGCAGAAGCACUACACCUCUGUUCAGAAAGUGAGCAGCAAAUUCUCUGAGCAUAAGAAGAAUAUGGACUUAAAAAUUGACAAGGAGAAGGCGCUGGAAUUGAGUCAUUAUGAGAUUCAGCCUUCAGACAGGAAAGACUCUGCUUUGCUUCAGAACGGGCUUGUGAAUUGUGGCCUCAUCACUAACGGCUAUUCCAGUAAGGACAAUGACGGAAGCGGCUCCGAAGGAGGAUACACCACCCCGAAGAAACGAAAGAGCAGAUGCGGCAACACCAAGAGUGCCGAUAAUGUGACGAAAGACAAAGAGAGAGACAUGCAGCCCCGCAACACUACGCAGGAGCCGGGGGCCUCGAGUGUCGAGACGCCCGAGAAAGGAGCAGCGUCCAGACUCGACGGCUUCCGGUCCGGCUACAAAGCAGAAGCUCAGAUGACGGCUAAACGGGCCGUCGCGUCAGAGACUUCAGUCGCCGAAGCUCAGAGGAAAACCUCUGAAGGUAAAGCAGCUGGCACGUUUGGUAAGAAAGCGGAGGAAAAGCACAAGGGCAAGCUUUCCUCACCUUCAAAAGAGGACUCGUGGACUUUGUUCAAGCCCCCUCCUGUAUUUCCUGUGGACAAUAGCAGUGCUAAAAUAGUUCCCAAGAUCAGUUAUGCAAGCAAAGUAAAAGAGAACCUCAAUAAAGUAGCUCAAGGCGGAGGAGAGGCAGCGCCUCCCCCUGUGAGACUGUCCCAGGUCCCCAUGUCUGCUAUGAAAACUAUCACCUCUGCUAGCUUUACUAACGGUCCUGUUCCUGGGAACGGGAACGGCUGCCCGUCCAUGGGCACCUUCUUUGCUCCUGCUGCUAGUUGUGUUCAAUCAGCCCCGUCUGUCCCAAGUGGCGAGAAUGUAGCAUCUUCUUUGGAAAGUAGCUGUAGCUCUACGACGAGUCCCGUAGACGGCGAGGCGAGUGAGCUCAGAAAGUGUACUGUUUUAAUCUACCCUUUAAAUAUGCAACCCGUGCUCCCGAGCGCUCGUCACCUCGACCCACCGGCUGCUCAGACAAAUCAGAAAGCCCUGGGGGACAUCUUCCAGAACCAGUGGGGGCUCUCCUUCAUCAACGAGCCCAACCCGGCCCUCGACGGAGGGAACGGGUUUGUGCCUGCCGAGGACCAGACUUCUGUGACUUCUCACAACGGGAGUCAGGCUGUCCCAGCCAAGGUUGCCCAGCCCCUCUUUGACAUUAGCCCAUUUCUAGAAGCCGAAGCUUUUUCUCAAGAAGCGGAGAAAAGGACUUGUGCCCCCUGCCAAGUAUCCAGUGUUUGCUCUCCUGCUAGCACGGCGAGCGAGGAGGAGACCAAGCUGCAGCCAAGUGUCCAGGAAAAGACGAAAGUGGAGCUGAAGGGAGUGGGUUCUUCUCUGCUGGCCCCCAGUAAAGACAACGGUGCUAAGCCUGCAGUGGGCCAGCAGACCACUGUGCUGUUCGGUUCCUCUAAAGAACAGAUCCACCCAAAAGACGUUGGCAGGAGGUCCAGCUGGGGUUCCUUUGACCUUAAAGCUGCCGUCACCUAUCACACUAAAGAAAUGGAAUCCAUUUUCAACUUGCAAAAACAAGAUCCAAAAAGAAUAGUGUUUUAUGAUGAGACCAAGGACGGACCUGAUCAGUGAGGUAGAUCAUCUCCAGUGCUUACUGUCUUCUCCUCUGGGUGCUGCAGUUAUAUACCUUGGAAAAAGUAAAAGAAAAAAACAACAAAAAAAACCCCACACACAAAAAAAAACAAAUCCCGUCGGAUAAAGUGACAACUGUGAAAACACUGAUAGCUAAGCAUGAUUUUCCUUGGAAACUCGGGUUUAUUGAAACUUUUUUUUUUUUUUUUUCCUUUGGGAGCGCACCAGACAAAACACACACACACACUCUGGAUGGACGUUAAAAAGGAGUUGAUCGGUGCCUCUCCAACACGAUGAAUGGACCUUAACGACUUCUAGCUGUGGUAGUCCUCGUCUCAUGGCUUUUAAGGGAUAAUGUUCGGGAGUUCACCAAGGCAGGUGUCUCGGACCGCACCUCCUUAAGCCUUUAUCCUGUCGAACUGUUGGGAUGCCUCCGUCGGUUUCUUUCUUCACUCAUUCAAAUGAGUUCACUGUAGAUACGUUGGACGUUCCACACACAGAUCUACGCUUGAAUUAGUGGUGAAGGAAAGGAGACGAUUGUUAAAGAAAUGCCUUCUGAGUUGUAGAGUAAAAGGUGUUUUGCAACCCUGUUAAGGCGGCAGUGGACGUUUGUGAGGCUCCAUCUGGGAUGGGAGAAUCUUGUCUUAAAACUCUAGAGGAAAAAACUACUCGGAACCCUGAAAUUUUCUAUGUACCGCAGUUUUUAUGCCGUUUCAGCUGACCUAACACAAGUAUUAUUUGCAUCGCUGUUAGACCCCAGAGCUAAGGUACUGAAGUGCCAAAUUUGAAGGAAAACCACGCCCCUUUACGACGUUUGUUCAGUUGGUGUGCUGAAAGGUUUUAACAUCGGGUCUCCGUUAAACUGUUUCUGUUGAAGCCUUCACUACAUUUCACUUUAGACGGUCAUAAAUUAUCAAAAAGUUUCUUUAAAUUCAAAAUCAUGCACACUUUUUUUUUUUCCAGAGUUUAGGAACAAACAAGUAUUGCUUCUGAUUGGCUGUUCUGUUUUAUUCAGCUGCAACACUCAGGAUAUCUCUACAAACAUUUUCUGUUCAGUUAAAGAAAAAUUGUUUCAUUUUACAUUUGUUUUCCUAGCAUGUUUUUUUCACUCAAUGACUGUUUUUUUUGUUUAGUUUUUUUUUCAUUUGCCCCCAUGUUUACUGGUAUACUUGAGUCCCUUUUCAUUGCCACAGAAACACAAUAACUCAUUUAUCGCAACCUCCAUCUUAGGUCUCAAACUAACCGCUUUGUCAAAAAAAAAAAAAAAAAAAAAACGGAAACUGUGUCAGAACGUUCGAAGGAGGUCUUCAAAGUUUUCACAAGCCGGUGUGCAAUACCUCCAUUUAAAAUGAGUUUUGUUGAGCUACAAAAUCCUCAACUGAGAUGCUUACGUAGCCUGCAGUUUAGUUUUUCAAAUCUGUUUCGGUUGCAUUUACUCUUUUGUUGCACAUUUUGAUUCUUCACUUGUAAGGUUUGACUACAUCUGGUGAUUCUAGGAGAUGGAUUUGGUCAGCUGGGACAGCUCCAGGAAAGGACGUCACAAAGGAGCUGAGAGUGGGGAAAGUGGGUGGGCUCGGUGGGGGGGUGGGUCCUCUUGUCUAGAAAAUCUAAUUUGGUUUAUUAAUCGUGAAUUAAUAGCACUUUAUGUUAAAUUACCUUUAUCUUAACUAGAGAAAAUUUAUAUGUAACACUAGAAAUACUCCUUAAAAGAAUGGCUCUGGGCUGUUACUUUUCAGAAAAAAAAUAAAUAUAUAUAUAUAUAUAUAGUUGCUAAAUACAGAAUUAUUAAAUAUAACUCAGGUAGUGUUGAUGAAGCCAUGAGUAUAUUCAAUGUUUUCUUUUUUUUUUUUGCCAAUUGGCCCCCUGUCAUGUAAUGUUCUCAUACUGGAAAUGCUGAAUUGGAGUCCUACUGCUGUCUCAUACGAUACUCUGAAAACACACCAAAUAACUUACCUGUGACUAAGGAUGUCAGUUUCACUUUGGGCUCAUGUUGUGGGAUUUUAUCUGCUUAGAAAGCACAUAGCAUCUCCGCUCUGUUGUCUUUGGCUGUAACAGUAAUCAUCUGCUUGUUCAUUUCCGCCUCCUGUGUUUUCUUCCUAUCCUCCUAACAGGCCUGAGUGCUUCUUUCUACCGUUUCCUCAGCAGAAUGUGGAAUUUAGUGUACAAGUUGGAUUCCCAUUUUACUUCCAUACACAGAUUUAGUUUUUUUUUUUUCUUUCUUUUUUUCUCAGCCAGUUUUUUUUUUUUUUUUGUGCGGCGUCCGACGUCCAUCUUGUCUGGGCCUGUAUCAAAAUGCAACACAGUCGUAAAAGGGUUUCCUGACGUCGUCAUAGUGAUUUAUCAGAAAGUGCUCUCCAGUAGCAGCACUGCCCCUCUCCCACCUGUUGCUGCAUACUGCUGGUCAAUUAGUAGAAAUCUGGGGCUUACACUCACAAGAAAGACGUAUUUUGUUUUGUAGUUUGUUUUUUUGCAAAUCUUUACGGUUGUAAAAAAUAAAAUAAAUAAAAGUCAAAUUUACCUUUUUAAACGGGUAGUUUUUAAAUGAGAAUAAAUUUUUUUUUUUUUGUUUUUAAAUUGAAGAUAUUCAAUUUAGUGGAUGGUUUCUGCCUAAAUACCAUGCCGUGAUGUGAAGCUCAUAGCGGCCCAUACYUGAUGCUGCUCUCCUACUGAGGACGACUGAAUCUACUCUGACAAAUAACCAAACAAAAAAAAUUGCAAUUGAACUGCGUUUAAUCCGGUAGCAUUACCUUGUGUUUUUGUUUWUUGUUGKKUUUUUUUUUAUUAUUUGUAACUCUCAUCUUGCUACAGUUUAGUUUAAUCUGACUGCACAUAAAUCCCUSGGCAAAUUAACACAAUCAGGUUGACKCUAAAUGGUUCAGACUGAAGCUAUUAAAAAUUGUGCAGAGUUUUCUGGGCAUAAAUGUAGGUAAGCAGGGUGAUGGAAAGUGUUUUUACUGUAGUACAAUGAAUUUACCCCUUUUUGUUUUUUAUUCCUCUUCUCUCCCUCCCCUUGUUUUUUUUUUUUGUUUUGUUUUU